AUGUCCGAUAACACCAUCACCAUUACUCUGCCCCAACUCGCCAAAACAAUCGACCACUCGCUCCUCCACCCCACCAUGACCGACGCCGAGAUCCUCACAGGCCUCAAGACCGCACGCGAAAACAACGUCGCAACCGCCUGCGUGAAGCCCUACGCCAUCUCACUCGCCAAAAAGGAACUCGCAGGCACCGACGUCCUAGUCUGUCCGGUCAUCGGCUUCCCGCAUGGGAACAGCACGGUACAAAUCAAAGUCGCCGAGGCAAUAGCGGCCAUGGAGGCCGGGGGCGCAGAGAUUGAUAUGGUGCUCAAUAUUGGGAAGGUUCUUGGUAAUGACUGGGCGUAUGUGACGGAUGAAAUCCGGCAGAUCAACCAGGCUGUUAUGGCUCGCGGUGCCAUCUUAAAGGUCAUCUUCGAGAAUGAGUACCUUCAAGAAGAGCAUAUCAUUCGGCUGUGCCAGAUCUGCACGGAGCUCCAAGUCGCCUUCGUCAAGACCUCGACUGGGUAUGGGUUUGUGAAGCAGGGCGAUGGCUCGUAUAAUUAUAAGGGCGCCACGGUCCGGCACUUGAAGCUGAUGCGUGAGAUGUCAGGGGCGAAUGUGCAGAUUAAGGCGGCGGGGGGUAUUCGCACCCUGGAUGAUCUGCUGCAUGUCAUGAAGCUGGGGGUGACGAGGAUUGGGGCGACGGCGACUGUUGCUAUCCUGCAGGAGGCGAGGAGGAGGGGGAUUGGGGAGGAGCCGGUGAAGGUUGAGUUUCGGCCGAUGGAUGAUGAUGGGGGUGUUGUUGGGUAUUGA